AGCUCGAUAUUUCAUCCUCCGGCAAGCAGGACUAAACCGCAUGCAGCACCAUGGCUCCCAGUAAUUUUGUACCUCUUUUGUCGUUAAAAAUUAUCUUCCGUUCGCUUUGGAGUAUAGUGUACUAGAACGGGUAGAUAGCACCUGUGAAUUCUACGAUACAUCUGCGUGCAGCUAAUCUAUUCUGGGAAAUUCAUCCUCUCAGUAGCGAGGAGCUCUGAGCUCAUCGCAUAAUCGACUUUCAAAGUCGAAGUCGUAAACAGUCGUAACUUUCGGCAAGUUGCCAAGGGAUUCCGAAGUCGUAAACAGUCUGAGGCGUUUCCGCACUUCCACGUUUCCGCGUUCCCGAAUUUCCACGUUUCCGCAUUUCCGCAUUUCCGCGUUUCCACAUUUCCGCGUACGCAGUACUAACUCCUCGCGGAGGUAGCCGCGGCUCAUCUGCUAGUAGCGAUGGUAGCGAUGGUAGAAGACGUCGACGAAAUAGAAGCGACGGCCGGCGACGGAUGCGCAGCGAAGAAGCAAGGACAGUGCGACUCGUACUACUACGACGACUCGUACGCAUCGGCGGAUGCGAAGGAAGCCGGCACGGGCGGUGACGGCGGUUGUGCUGACGUGGACCAUGAUGAUGGCGGCGAAGCUUCGCGGCGGUUGCCACGUGGCGAGGAGAUGAAGCUGUACACGGAGGCGUCCGCGUUUGAGGGCGCCGCGGUAGUGGCGAUGAUCCAGCGGCGCGACGAGGAGGUCGGAACGGAGCAGAAGAUCCUUCAGAUCACCAUGGAGGACGGAAUCACCCUCUCCGUCGAACUAGACCCGGCGGAAAAGAGGUUGAACGAACUCGGAUACCGACAAGAGCUCCGACGCUCGCUGCGCUUCCCCGGGCUGUACGCAGUGGGCGUGUCGUUCAUGACGGUCUUCGCUGGGUUCGUCCCCACCUACGCCCAGGGUUUCAUCAACGGCGGGCCAGCGGGGCUCAUCUGGUACUGGUGGAUCACCGCCUUAUUCGUCCACCUUAUAGGCGUCUCCAUGGCGGAAAUAGCGUCCUCGUUUCCCACAGCUGGCUCUCUCUACUUUUGGGCGGCAGCACUGGCAGGGCCACGGUGGGGCCCACUGGCGUCAUUUAUCACAGGCUGGAUGGAAUUCUUGGGCUUGGCGGUGUGCGGAGCCAAUGUGUCGUACGGUGGCUCAGUCAUCCUGCAAGUGCUGAUUCUCAUUUCCACCGGCGGUGCUGAGGGCGGCGGCUUCCUCUUGAGCAAGUACACCGUCUUUGCCAUUGCGUGCGCGUUUGUGCUCAUCUGCUUCCUCAUCAACUGCCUGCCAGUGCGCACCGUGGCAAACGUCAUGGUCGCCUCUUCUUUCAUUCAGAUCACAGCAGCUGUCGUUCUGAUCGUCAUGCUGCCCCUGGUGGCGCCUACCCACGAGCCCGCAUCGUGGGUGUUUGGCGACUUUGGCAACAACAGAGACACCACACUGACGCCAAGCAAUGCGUAUUCCUUCCUCAUCACUCUCCUCGUCUCCCAGUACUCCCUCUACGGCUACGACUGCGUGGCGCAUCUUGCAGAAGAGACAAAAAAGGCCGACCGGACGGCGCCCCUCGCGAUUAUGUCAUCGCUCUCUACCGUCACCGUCCUGGCGUGGCUGCUGGUGGUGGUGCUGACGUGGAGCAUCCAGGAUCCAGCUCAUCUGUUUGCAGCAGAGAGCGUGACAGGUGGCAUGCAACCAGUUGUGCAAAUCAUGUGGGACGCGUUUUAUGCUCGCUACGGCUCUGGGCUGGGAGCGCAGGUCUUCACAGUGGUCAUCUGCAUUUCCUUCUUUGGCGCCACUUUGUCAUGCCAGCUUGGGGCAUCUCGAGUGGCCUACGCCUUGGCUCGGGACGGCGGCCUGCCCUUCUCUUCCCUCUGGCGGCGCCUCUCCUCCAACCGUGUCCCCGUCGCGGCCCUCUCCCUCUCGGUGCUCAUCGGGCUGCUCUUCCUGCUCCCAGUCCUCGCCUCCUCCACACUCUUCUUCGCCCUUGCAUCAAUCUCCACCAUCGCAUGGGUCUCGGCGUAUUCUGUUCCGAUCUUUUUCCGAUUUGUGCAAAAGGAGAAGCAUUUUCCCCCGGGGCCGUUUUACCUGCCCAACUACAUCGGAGUCACGGGCAGUAAACUUGUCCAUCUACUGGCACUGUUAUGGGUCCUAUACACCCUCAUCGUCUUCAACCUCCCGACAAUGUUUCCAAUAACCGUCGAGAAUUUUAAUUGGGCGCCGGUGGCAAUCGCUAUAUGGAUGAAAAUGUUUAUUGCAUGGUGGCUGCUCCAUGCUAGGUUUUGGUUCAAAGGGCCAGUUAGGGAAUUCGAACCCACUCCGGGUAACUCAAGAGUUGGAAGCACCAAGGGAUUUUGAGGAUUGCUUUGGAUUGUUGAAUGUGUGCAAAUGCACAUUAUGAUUAUGAAUGUGUGGUUUUCAGUGAAUGUCGUUC